AUGACAAAGCUUCUAUACAGAUACCAGGACUUGCUACCAGCUGACUACUCCUUCCAGCCGGAGCCAGAUCUAUUCCUUCCUUCCAUCGAUCUCAAUAAGUCGGAAUCUUCGCCCAGAUCUUCAGUUCAUUUUAUAUCUCGUCCCUUGUCCCCUAAGCUGGUGGCUAAUACGGUGACUGAAAUUUGUUUGGCAAGGGUGGCCGAACCUACCCCUUCUCCCAACCAAGACUUUUCAGCUCCUAUUCAGAUUUCACGUGAUCAAAUGUUUCGCCAAAAUCUGUAUGCUUAUCGCCAGUUUCUGAUAGACUUUCUAACAGAGAAGCAAGCGGGCUUGAAAAUGGAUGCUCACGCCAAAGUACGGUAA